AUGUUUUUCACUGAGCGUCUGAUGUUGCGAGGUCUCGACCCAGAAGUUGACAAUACCAUCUGGCUUCAAUGGACUAACACAGUGGAAUCACUAUUUGCCAUAUCGAUGCAGGGUCCUCAGCCAUGGACACGCGAGAGGUCAAAACAAUUUCUCGAGACGCGCGCGAAGGAUGUAGACGCUCUACCUUGGUUCAUCAUCUGCGAAAAGCCUGCUUCCGAGAACGAGUGCCCUUCGGCGCUUGGACCAAAUGAUGAUUACUUUCGCACCGCAGAUGGUAAUGCUAGGUACCCGGCGAUCGGUAUGCUUGCCAUUGAUAAGGUUGGCAAAGGUACAGCUGUAAACAGAGUUGUAUCCUUCGGGAUUUUAUUCACUAAAGAUCAUCAAGGUACCUACUCUAUGGACACCAACACAAGAUAUUAUGGCAUAGUUCGACUGCUGAAGCUCGAGCANGGGAAAGGACUAGGUACCGAAGUUUUACGUUGGAUGUGCGAUUACAUCUUCACGACCCUUGGCUAUCAUCGCAUCGAGCUCAGUCUCGACGCAACGAACGAUAGGGCAUUGAAUUGCUACCGCCACGUAGGCUUCGUCGAAGAAGGACGGCGGAGAAAGCAGUUCUGGCGCGAGGGCGAGUGGAGGGACGUUCUCGAGAUGGCUAUGCUUGAGGAGGAAUGGUUCGGGGAACACCGCUUGCACCUUCAGUGA